AUGGUUGCUGGAAGGAAUGAUGAUGCGCUUGCGGCGACAUUGACCUUGUUGGCCGGUGCCAUUCCGCAAAUGAAUGCUGGUGAUCGGGAGCGUGAUGUUGAUGAGUUCCAUGCGCAAAAGGUGCAGUUUGACACUCAUAUGCUUGAGAAAGAAGCUGAGGAUUGGUGGCGCAAAACUGUUCAGAGAUUUGAUGAAGAUGGCAUUGAAGUAACUUGGGAACUUUUCCCUGAGUAUGCUGCAAAGUUUGAGGAGUUGAUCAAAUUUUGUCCCCAUUACAAUACUGCUAAUGCUGAGAGAUCCAAGUGUCUUAAGUUUGUGAAUGGCUUGAGACCUGAUAUCAAGAAGGAAAUGGGUUACCAACAAAUUAUGAGAUUUUCUGAUUUGGUUAACAAGAGUAGGAUCUAUGAUGAGGAUAGCCGUGAGAGUGCUGCUCAUUACAAGUCCUUGCAUGAUAAGAAAGGAAAAGGGAAAUUCCGAGGGAAGUCGUAUGAUGGUAAGAAGAAAGUUGGUGAUGGUAAGAAGCUGAGUGGGGGAGGAUCUCACACUCUUGUCAAGUGCUUCAUAUGUGGUGUUGAGGGACAUCGUGCUCCCGAGUGUCCUAAGGGCGAUGUGACUUGUUUCAAGUGUGGCAAGCAAGGUUACAAAUAUUUUGAUUGCAGAGUUGGUUCGAAUGUGACUUGCUAUAACUGUGGUGAGCAAGGGCACAUUAGUACCAACUGCAACAAGCCGAAGAAGGAGCAAGCCAAAUGGAAAGUGUUUGCAUUGUCCGGUGUUGAUACUUCUGUCGAGGAGAGAUUGAUUCGAGGUACGUGCUUUAUUAAUAAUAUGCCUUUGAUUGCUAUUAUUGAUACCGAUGCGACACAUUCUUUUAUUUCUUUGGAUUGUGCUAAGAGAUUGAAUCUUGAAUUAUUUGUUAUGUGUGGAAGCAUGGUUAUUGAUACUUCGACAAUGGGUUCCGUGACUACUUCACCUGUUUGUUUAAAAUGUCGUUUGAAUAUUUGUGAUAAAGAUUUUGAAGUUGAUUUAGUGUGUCUUCCAUUUAGUCAAAUUGGUGUUAUUUUGGGAAUGGAUUGGUUGAGGGCCAACCAUGUCUAUAUCAAUUGUUUUGUGAAAGCUGUUCUUUUUCUUGAGCCAGAGGAGGAAGGUGAUUUAUUCUUGUCUACUCAACAAGUGAAUGAAUCUGUGUGA